AUGCUCAUUCUGCUUGUUUGUUUCCAACUAGUGUAUUCCAAUGAGCUCCUGAUAUUGAAUGUGACUCGAACGGAUACCAUUCCGAUUGAAAUGAUGCAACUGGAUCAUUUUCGAAUUGCUGGAUUAAUCCAAGCCACGUGUCCAUAUAUAGCGGUCAAUUUCAUUACAGCCAGUGGGUUUAAGAUCAAUCACACCAAAGUCGAUUGGUCCCGAAACCGAAUUCGCUUCAACUGCGCAAAUGUUGAUGAUUGGAUGGUCCUUUUAUUUUGGGUGUAUUUAAAUUUUCAGCCGAAUUGGGGAAACGAGGAGCGAACGAAGAUCAAUGGAUCGCGAACGAGCGUGUUCGAUUGGAAUUUCAGACAUUUUAAGAAAUCGAUGAAAAUUGAUUUUGGCGAUGGCAAGACGUACCGAUACAAGUACAAAUUCAAUGAGAGAAUCGUCAAACUGACUAUCGAGGUGCCAAAGAAAUGCAACGUGGAAUUCAGUGCAAUCCAAAUGUAUCGAGACGAGCGAAGUAUGGCGGACGCGAAUCACAUUAAAUCAGCUCUCAGAAUUGUGUAG